UUCCAAUCGCUGAGGCGGCCUAUAGGGAUUCUGCAGGUGUACAGUGUUGAUGGAAUACGGCAGGGUGGAAUUGUUGGCAUUCAGGCAAAAUGUCGCGCAGAGGCAGGAAGCGGAAAGUGGAGAAGGAAGAGCCAAAGGUAAACGAUGGGGAUCAGGACAAUUUUUUCCCCGACGAGACGAGAGCGGAGAUGGAAACGAUGUGGGAGAUACCACAAAUUUCUCACUUUCUUCAUCUGGCGCGGGAGUCCCUCAGUAUACCUCAACUGUCUAUAUACGAAAUGGAGAGGAUGCUGUCAAUGCCAGGAGCCUCGAAGCAGCUGGCAAACAUUAUGACGUGUUUGCUGAGUUCACCAAUCACCAAAGCAAAACUGCGUAAAAUACCGCCGAUGCCGUAUGAAUUUUGGACCAACAUUCUCGCGCACAAGAUGAACAGCUGGUUCAAAGUUUAUCACGCGAAGCACAAAGAUGCAACCAAAGUUCUAGAGACCAUCGGCGUCGAAUCAGAAUUUUGGAAUCUCUUCCCCGACGUCUUGUGUCUCAACGGCAAGGACUUUGAAGAUCUGACUUUCAAACAGAGAGUUUGGCUGCUGAAAACCGUCUGUGAUACUAUCAUGCAUACACGAAAAACAGUUCAGGAAGAUAUAGCAAAGCAACCGUGGGAGGACCAAUUUGAAACAGUUUUAGGAGUUGAUCGUUACGGAGCGAGAUACAUUUAUUUUCCGCAAUUUAUGCCGAAUGAUCUCCGAAUUUACAGGCAUUCUUUGGACAAUAAAAUCCUAUCGACUGUCAAGUCUGUCAAAUCAAAUCAAGAGACGGAAACCAUCAAGUUAAUUAACGCGAGGUUGACUAGAUACAAACAAAAGAAAUUGCAGUCUUGCAAUAAUUCAUCUGAACGCAGAUCGAGCAGGCGCAAUUGCAAAAUCGAGGAUAAGGAUCUUAAUAGCUACAAAUGCAAUAACGAUAGCACCGCAAGUUCGUUUAUCAGCGAGGAUACGAAUUUGAGUAGUACCAGCACAUACAGUAAUAACAAUAAUAUAAGUUUGGACACCUUAAAGAGAAAGCGUUCCAGAAGUCUGUCGAAAACGUCCGAGGAAAGCACGCUGUCCAACGCGAGGUCGUCCAGCGGCUACGACACCAACACAUCCGGUGAUAACAAAUCUAUCUGCACGUCGCCGCAGAUGUUCAAGGGUUUCACUAACGCUCAGAACGACCAUAGCAAAAUAGAAUUGAUCAAUGAAAUAUUAGACGAUCUGAAGUCGGAGAUCAACGAAGAGAAGAAUACGAACGAAUAUAAGAGCAACAAUAAUAGGGAAUCGCAAGAAAACUUCAUAGAAUCAUAUAAAACAGGUUCCUGUAACGAAACUUUAGUUGCGGAAAGAAGCGAGAAUGAGAAAUUAGGUGAUAAUUUGUCCAGCAGCUCGAAAACGGACGAUGAGAAACUGAACGAAAUAAUUAGUGCCGAGAGUUGCAAGCUGUCUGAGGAUUUAUAUCUCAAAAAUGUCUGCAACAAUGACAAUGUGAGUGACAUUUCAACGUCGACGUCCAAGUCGGAUGACGAGAAGUUGAGCGAAACGAAAACAAGUGAUAUUAGCAUGAAUAAAGAUAGUUUAACUGAAGUAGUGACGCCUCACAAGUCGUAUCGCGCGUCUUCUAGCGAUAGUGAAAAAAUAGCCGAGCGUAAAGAUUCGAGAGAAGCUUCUACGUCGCCGAUAGAGUCAGAAUCCAAACAUCUUGUUCCAGAAAGAAACUUGAGGAAGAGAACAAGACUGCGGACUCGACAUAGAACGGCGCAGCACAACGAAGAAAGCAAACCCGAAGCGGAAGAAGAUAAUAAAACGAGUGAGGCGGAUAAAAAAAAUUUGUCCGCAAGCGAGAUGCGACUGCAGGAAGACGUGGAAGACAACUUGGACGACGACACAAACAGCUUAGAUUACAAUUCGCAAGGAACCAAGGAUCCGAAGACAGAGGAGCACAAGCGACAUUUCAACAAGAUGCUGUCCGACCUUAGUGUUUCCGAGUUUCAACUAGUAGUCGACAGCGUGGGAGGAUUGAGAGAUCUCAUUGCUAGUUUUGAGAAUUCGAAAAACAAUAAUGCCAACAGCGCGGAAGUUUAUCCUCCUUGUGAAGUCAAGCUGGUGGAAAAGCUGACUGAAUUACUAAAGUCGCUAGAACCGGUAGAAAUGACUUUGAAGGAUUCGACGCGGAAAGCGAAAGCUAAACUUCAAAGAGAAUGGUCCAACUUCAAGGAGGGCAGUGUGGAGGAUCAGGAUUCAUCCGGUGAGGGUGGUCUCAGCUCUAAUUGGUGGGUUCUUGGAUCGCAGGGCAGGGAUUCACUGUCAACUACCGGAGACGCAACGUUACAAGCGUUACCGCAACCUGCCCUAUCCCCAUUUGGUGCCCAAAACACGCAACAGCAGGCGCAACCAGUCAAUAGCGAGCACGAGAGUGCGAGCAAAAACUGUUCCGAGCAAAGUCACAAUGCGAGUGAGGAAACGAGCAACAAGCGGCAAGACAGAAACGAGGAAAAGCAGCCGGACGUCGGCGCGCCGUCGGGAAGAAAUCAAGUCGAGGACAGAAGAGAGAAGCGGGAGGGCGAGGCGAACGAAGGCAUGUCGAGCGGCAAAGAUGAAGGACAACAGACGCGACGAGUGUUACGGGCGCGCGGUAUCUCCUCCUACACAGAGCAAUUAUAUUCCGAUUGCGAGACCGAGGAGGACGAGCUGGAGGAAUGGACCGACGUUGAGGCAGUCUAUGCGGCUCCCGGCGCACAGGCCGAUACAUCCGCUUCUCACGCUACUCCAAAAGACCGACACGCUGACGACUGGUCGGACGAGGAGGACUCAGACCAAGAUUGGAUUCUACCGGGCUCUCGCAAAAGGAAAAAUAAACGUCCGUCCGCUAAUCGCAGACUAAAAUCGUUCCAACACAAGCUGCAUAACAUCACGGAAAAUACGAACGACGCAGGGUCUAGUGUACCUCAACCUGACAAUGUGAAAAUUGUCAAGGAUAAGUUUAAGGUUAAGCUCCAGGACAGCAAGGAGGUCGGAAAAGCGCAGAGAAUCGACUCCGCGCAGGUCUCUGGCAACGUCGUCGCGCCUGCAACGAGCAAGAAGAAUUCCAAGGCAGUGGUGUCUUCCACGAGCGCAAUCUGCAAAAUCGAAUCCGUCAGUAGCGUGCACUCUGAGCUUGACAUCAAGGACGAGGGUCCGAUCUACGAGUCCAAUCCGGCGAACAAUUACGUGCAGAGCAACUACAACUCUCCGAAUCCCCAGCAAAACUAUUAUUACGUGAUAUCGCCGCAGAAUCCUGGAAUCGCGGGAGGGAGUAUCAUACCGCAGGGAUCCGCUCCGUUGAUGCAGACGGUUCAGGGGGUCGCCCCGCUGCCGAUUCAACAGAGCUACUACGUGCAGCCAAGCGUGCAGCAAAAUUACGUGAUCCAGAGUCCGACUUUUCUGCCCGCCCCUCAGCAGCAGCAGCAGCAGCAGCCUAUAUUUCAGCAGCAGGGCGGACUGCAGAUAGUUUCGACCGACGUAAGAACGACGUACGUGAACAACAACGGUUACGUGCCCUAUAUGACCCAUAAUCCUCAGAAUAUGGGUCAUCCGAGAGCGCAGAACAGAUACAACCAGAACAUCAAUCCACCACGACCGAUUUUGCCGUAUCCUAAUGGCGCGGUGAUAAGAAGCAGCAGCGCGCCCAUCCGGGGCGGUCGUCAAAGAUUCAUCAAUCCGCAGCCCGCGAGAGGCAUCGCUCCUCAGCAACGCAUGCCGACUUCCAGAGCGACGGCGAGACAGAAAGCGGCGCAGAUGUCCAGCGCGGAGAGCAGCGGCCAGAAGACCACAUCUCUAAUCGUGAUUAGCGAUAGCGAUGACGAGAUAGAGAUGAUCAUCACGGAGAAAUCUCCAGCUCCCGCGCAGAAAGCGAAAGAGACGAGCAGAGUUCGAUCAGCGCCCGAUGAAGACCAGUCGAGACAAAAACCUACGAUCACCUCGGACAUCACCGUCACGUCGGGAAAGACCGUCAUACCGCCGCAGAUCAUUCAGCGAAUGAACCAGGGCGGUAUAUCCAUCACGCCUGUGAAGAACACUCCGCCGCCGCAGUCGGCGAAUAGCAACACGCAGCUGGUGGUGGUCGUAAAUGAGACCGGAAGUCACUACGCCUUGGCGCUGCCCAACGGCAGCAAGCUCAUACUCACGCCGGAACAGGUGGCGCAAAUCAGAGCGUCGAAUGGAGGGAAAUUGAUCCUGUAAAGUGCGGAAGGCAGCGGUUGUCCGACUGCGCGAAUCGCGCACAUCUUCGCUUCUCAAUUCGUCGCGAUACGCGCGGUUGCACGACUUUAUUUUGAUAUAUCAGCUCGAUUGUUAAUUAGAAUCGUUUCAUGCAUGCAUAUACGAUCGUGCAUUUAGGGAAAGUUGAAACAGAAAGAAUUUUCUCUAAUGUAUUCAUGUUUUUAUAAAUUAGAAACAGAUCAAUUUCUCUAUACAAUAUUUUUCAUUUAUGUACAAUUUCAGAAAAGUAUUAUUUCUUAGUUCUAGUUAAUUCCCUUGUGCAAUGUACAGUUUACGCGUUACCCCAUUAAAUAUAUAUGGUACAACGUACUAUAUGUGAAGCAUAACGGCAUUGAAGUCAUAGGUUCUAUUAAUUUUACGGGUACCUAUCAUUACAAUAAUCGUAAUGCAUAAGCUAGAGUAUGUUAACGUCUCGACCUACAGAUUUGUAAAGGAUCAGAAUUUAAUGCGAAACACCAUCGCAAUAUACAUUUUAAAAAAAUGAGAACAUCGAUUUAUCUUAUAAUCGAAGGAAUAAACGGAUAAUCGAAUAUUGGACGCACAAAAAUUCACAAUUGACUUUUAGUUUGUUGAACUACGAUGAUCGAGAAAUAUACUUUUAGCGGACAUUAAUUUUAAGUUUUACAAAAAGUAUUGAUGGUGCGCCGCGUAAUGAACGAAGUGGUAAUAAGACAUUACUGAGAGAUACAUUAUUGACUCGAUAAUACGCAAUACGUUACUAUAAUGAUAAAUACGUAAAUGAUAGGAUACAUUAAUAUAAGUGAAAAAUUUAUUACUUGAAAAAAUUAUUAAUUAGGCCUUUUGCUUUAUACAUACUUUAUAACAUUACAAAUGUUAAUAUUAAUCAACGACGGCAAUUAAUUGGACUUUACUGGAAUCAAACCUUUAUCACUAUGCAAUUCUAACGUUCAAUAUAUAUUUCUGUAAUAAAAUGCUACAUUACAAAUCACUGUAAUUCCUUUACAUUAGAAAACUAUUCUUGAAUAUCAUCUUAAUAAAUGUACUGGUACUUUGAUCUACA